ACACCCAACACAGCCAUCUCCACUCUUCCAACUCUUGCGGUGUGUCGCCCUUGACCGCUUAUAUAUCCUCUGCAUCUCCUCUUCUAAGCAAAUACAUUGCACACCUUUCUCAAAAUGGCGUUCCGCUGGUACCAAUCGAAGCUGAAGACAUCACCGCUCCUGACGCAGAGUAUCACCACUGCGGUGCUCUUUGCAACGGGUGACACAAUGGCACAGCAGGGUGUAGAAAGGAGAGGUCUUGACAAACACGAUCUGAUGCGGACAGGUCGUAUGGCCGCCUACGGAGGAUGCAUCUUCGGCCCCGCAGCCACAACAUGGUUCGGUUUCCUUGUGCGCCGUGUAAAUCUGCCAUCCAAGAACGGUACCAUUGUUGCGCGUGUCGCCUGCGAUCAGUUCCUCUUUGCACCCGUCAACAUGACGGUCUUCUUGUCCAGCAUGGCCUACAUGGAGGGCAACUCGCCCACGCAGCGCCUCAAGGAUGCUUUCGUGCCUGGAUACCAAAAGAACUUGAUGAUCUGGCCCUGGGUCCAGUUUGUAAACUUCAAGUAUGUCCCUGCUGACAUGAGGGUCUUGGUUGUCAACAUCAUCUCGCUCGGAUGGAACUGCUACCUCAGCUUCCUCAACUCUGCUGGUGGCACCAAGCCCGCUCUGCCGGUUGGUGAGACCAAGGAAGGUGGUCAAUUGCCUCCUUCAUAAACAAAAAUAAAAGAGGCAACCCUUUGAGAAGUUGGGUCAUACUGCAAACAUAGAUUUUAGUGGGGUUUGGGAAAAUUGUAAUUAUCUUCUGUGGUAGGGAAGACAAAACGCGAGUUAGGGCAAUUCUGUACAGGGAUGAUACCCGGUUUUUAUAGAAUCGUGUCAUUUUUGAGUAGAGUGUGAAUUCAAGAAUCCCAAGU